GCGCAUGCGUCGUGAGAGGCACGCUGGCGCAGGGCUGUAGCUGAAACACUUCGAGAAAUGGGGAGAGGGGGACCGGCGGCGAAACACCCAAAUAACGGGCUGUCUAGGGCACGGACAGCCAAAAUAGGACAAGGAAUACACAAUACGAACUUGACAUGCUCAGGAGGUGUAGACUCGUAGAGGGUUAAAUAAAUAAUAACUGGUAUUGUUUACUCUCACCUUGGCCAGAUCUAAAAUGGAGGAACAGUCGCAGUAGUGACUGAAAUCCUGGAAUUUUUUUUAUAAAAAACUAAACACAAACCCCGCAGAGAGAUCGUGUUUUCAUUUAAUUUUUUAAGAGUCAGGUACACAGGUGUUUGUUUCUCGGAGACGCGAAAUGGAGGCUUCUUCACCCUUCCUCGGACGGGUUGUGCUUCAGCGGGGUUGUGAAGAGCACAGAGCGGGUAGAUGAACAGGUGAACCCCACACGGGACGGGGGUCUGUGUUUCGAGUGAGACCUGGCGACGAAGGCUUUCGGGGGGGAAAAAAAAAAAAAAAAAAACUUUUCCACGGACAUAAAUAAAAACCCACGCAGACUCCUGGAAACGGGGGGUGGUGAGGAGGGGUGUAAAUCAUGACUAUGAGAUCCACGGUGUUCAAACCAGAGAGAGAUUUGAACCCGGAGAAGCCCGACUUUGAAAAGGCGCAAAGCGGGGGCUGCCCAGUUACUCCCGCCAUCGACAUCAAGCGGGAACCGGGCGAGUUGGUCCUGGAAAAGGGACACGGUGGCGGUUUGCCCGCCGUGUUGGGCAACAUCCACAACAGCAAGAACCGCAAGCUGAAAGAGAACAACGCCAAUAACAACAAAACCCGCAGCCGUACCCCCGGGGGUGCUGCCGGGCCGAACAAAGCGCAAGGGGUGUGCCUGGGUCUCGGGCAGGAGGAAAACCGGACGAGCUUGGAGGGGAUUCAUAAUAACAAACAGACGGGAGGGGGUGGCGUUCAGGUCAAGAACAAAAAUGUAUUCAUAACGGGACAGACUGGCAGUAACAUUAAGACGGUUGCGGGGUCCCCGGUUAACACAGCUUGCGCUAAUAACAGCUCGAGAGAGCCCGGGGGCACCGAAUCAGCGGCGGCGGCGGCGGCGGCGGGCAGAGCGGGGUCUCUGGAGCUGAACAUGGAAAGCAAGUGGAAAAACGUGAAGAGAAACCAGAGCCAAGCGACCUGCCUCCGGCAGAUCCUGCUGCUGCAACUGGGCCUGAUCGAGCAGCAGCAGCAGCAGCUGCAGGGGAAAGACAAGGAGAUCGACGAGCUGAAAUCCCAGAGGGAAACGCUGCUGGCUCGUAUGGAGCGGAUGGAGAGGAGGAUGCAGCUGGUGAAGAAAGAAAACAGCAAGGAGCGGCAGAAACUGUCCCAGCCCCUGGAGCUGGAGGGACUGUGGGCGGAGUCGGAGCACAGCGAGAGGGAGGAGCCUCAGGAGGGAGGGGCGGUGACCUCGCAGCUCCCCAAGCCCAUGCACUUCGGACGCGGGGGGAAGGGGCACAAGCGGUACAGCAGGAAGUACGGUUUCUGGAACACAAAGACCCCGGUCAAGAAGCUGACGUCGGAGUUCACGAAAGCCAGGGGCAAGACCCCCAAGUUCUCCCCGCUGAAGGAGUCCGAGCCCGGGGGGGCCCCUUUCCAGUGGGAGCUGCGCAGCAAGGAGACCCCUGAGAAGGUGUCCGCGGCUGGGAGGGUACUGGGAGACUCCCCCACAGCGCUCAAGGGGAGCCCCGUGAGCCCGCAGCCCCAGGAGGAGUCCCGCAGCUCGGGCACAGAGGCGGAGGAGCUGCCCUUCAUGUCCACCACGGAGAUGUACCUUUGCCGUUGGCAGCAGCCGCCCCCUUCCCCACAGCGCAGGACCGCCAGCAAGAAAGAGGAGAGUGUAGCCAUCCCUUCGUGGAGAGAGCACUCUAUAAAACCCUUGAAGGAGGCGACUCCCCCUGAUUUCAUAGAGAAUUUGGAUGACGGCGUCUUUUUGAAGCGUCACGCGAAGUUGGAGCUGGAUGAAAAGAGGAGAAAAAGGUGGGAUAUCCAGCGCAUCAGGGAGCAACGCAUGUUUCAGCGGCUGCAGCAGCGCAUGUACAAGAAGAAAGGCAUCCAGGAGUCUGAACCAGAGGUGUCCUCCUUCUACCCAGAGACUGACGAGGUGGAGUCCCUGAUGAUCACCCCUUUCCUGCCUGUCGUAGCGUUCGGACGGCCCUUACCAAAACUCACGCAACAAUGGUAUCCCGGGGCAGCAGAAGAGCUAAUGGGAGUUCUGCAGAAAGGGCAGCCUUCAAAAUGCAAGAACUUCGAGCUUCACUGGCUGGAUGAGCGAAGCCGCUGUCGGAUCAAAAUGCAGAAGCAGCAGACCCCGCACUGGACCUGCCGCAAAUAAAUGUGCGGUGGAGCUCAGCCAAAGACUGCCUUCUCCGCUGCAAUGCUGCCUGCUCUGCUGGUACAAGCCCUGACCUUCGAGGAACUGAUACUGCCUGUGCGAGGAGCUGUAACAGCUGGAGGCGGCCGGCUUGAAGCUCCAUCCGGACAAGACAAGUGCCACUUGGUUCAGCGAGGUCACCUUCCCGUUGAGAUCAGCGCUGUCCGGGACUGGCCUGUCCCAGCAGAUCACCGCCAGCUACGAUGGUUCCUUGUUCUCGCCUCGUACUACCGCCUGCUUCGUCUAUCGCUUCAUUGCCGCUUGUCUCCACCUAGUUGCUACAGAAAGAAGACCUGUUCGUCUGGACAGAAGCUCGCCAGUCCACCUUUGAGAGCCUGCAAGAGGUGCUGACCCAAGCAUCUGUGCUGCUGUCCCGCUUGACACAGACGCCAGCAACGAGGGGACUGGAGCAGCCCUGUUGCAGCUGUGGCCAGACGGAGAGCGAGUGGUGCGUGCUGCCCUUCAUCGUCCGAACCAACCACGCUGACCUUCAGAGGGCCGGUGGUGCGCCGGCUCGGAACAACUGCAACCCUUCAACGACCAAAACCAACACUGGGCUGGGGCGCACCAUGCCAACGCUGGUGCCCUGUCAUGAAUCUUCGCUGAGACUGAUUGACCAGAGCGAAUCAACUGGACCCUCUCUGUCCAGCUCAGAAUCUCCACACCCACUCACUAGAGGACAGAUUCACCCAGACUGGCCAGUGCAAAACAAAAUACAAAAUACCCCAAAAAAGAAAGUAUCAAAAUACAAACUACUUUGGAAACA